AUGACGCAAGCUCAAUCACCACCAAUACCAGCCCCGCCUCCAGAUCUAAGCACCAAGCUUCCCAAACUCGUCCCCCGGAAACGUGCCCCCACAAACCGCGAACCGCCAUCUGCCCCUCCCCCACCCACACCCGCGCUGGUCCCGCCGCGCAAUCUCGAUGGCCAUGUGUACGCGCGCCCAAGUCGCAGAAUCCUGAGUCCCGAGGACCACGCGCUGUUUCUGGAGAGUGAGACGUGCACGCUUGUGAAGGCCUUCAUCUUCAACAUGGCAGACAGCGUGCGCGACAGGCCGAUAUCCAGUAUCCGCGACGCCGAAAUCACAGACACAAUCGGCAAGAUCGUACGCAUACUGCAGGAAGCGGAGAAAGCGCUCGACAGGUGCCCACCAGAGGACACGGGCUCACGGUUUGGAAACCCCGUCUUCCGCACCUUUGUCGACGAAAUCGAGACGCAGUUGCCGUCCUGGCACGCCCAACUCGGGCUCACGCAAGCUGAGCAAGUCGAGGAGGUGUCCACCUACCUGCUCCACUCGCUGGGCAACAAACGCCGGAUCGACUAUGGCUCUGGCCAUGAACUCAACUUCUUCCUCUGGCUCCUCUGUCUCAACCGGCUCUCCCUCCUCCCACCCCCGACCUUCCCCGCCCUCGCCCUCGUCGUCCUCCCAGCCUACCUCCACCUCAUGCGCCGCGUCCAGGCAGCCUACUACCUCGAACCCGCCGGCAGCCACGGCGUCUGGGGCCUGGACGACUACCAAUUCCUCCCCUUUUUAUUCGGCGCCGCCCAGCUCCUACACCACCCCUACAUCACGCCCAAGAGCAUCCACAACGCCCUCGUGCUCGAGGAGGAGGCCGGCAACUUCCUCUACCUCGACCAAAUCGCAUUUGUCAACAGCGUCAAGAAUGUCGAUGGCCUGCGCUGGCACUCGCCCAUGCUCGACGACAUCUCCUCGGCCAAGAAUUGGGCCAAGAUCGAGGCCGGCAUGCGCAAAAUGUUUUGCAAGGAAAUCCUCGAGAAAUUGCCCGUCAUGCAACAUUUCCUCUUUGGCAGUCUUGUCCCCGCGGCGCCCGGUAUGCGCACCCUGGAGCAGGCGCAGGCCGAGGGUGAGGCCGAGGAUGGCGACGAGCAGCCCGAGGACGCAGUGGUCGAGGUGUUUGAUGAUGACGCAGGUAAACGCCAUGUGCAUGCUGCUGUUGGCUGGGGCGAUUGCUGUGGCAUUCGUGUGCCGGCUGCGGUUGGGGCCGAGGGGGAGGCGAGAAAAGGGGGGGCGAGGGGGUUGAGGAGGGUGCCGUUUGAUUGA